GUUGGGGCGGAAUAUGAGCCAGAAGAUCAAGGCGGCCAGACCCACGAUGAUGACGGCGGUGACUAUGAGCUUGAUAAGGAAGCUCAGGAGGCAGCAGCAGCCACAGCCAGAACCAUGGCCGUGGCGGUGGUAGGAGCGGGCAGGUGGGACGGGCGGGCCGUAGUAGGCUCCAUUCAAGUGGGAAUGUUUCUCUGCCAUGGAAUAACACAAGAAGAUAUGCUCUGUUUUUAGAAGAGAUGAAUUGGAAGAGAAAACAAGGGAAUGUAUUUAUAGGUUCAAUAGUGAAUUUAGGGUUUCUUUGAGUUGGUUAUAAUAUUUGCUCAUCAAGGCUUCUCCUUUUUUAUUCCCCUUUUUCGUUUAGUAAGGGAUUUGCCUUUUUUUCAAUGGGAGUGUAGUGCGGGGUUUGGAAAAAGAAUGGAUUUUGAGUAGCCAAUGCCAUAUUUGGGUGAUUGGAAUUCGGAGGAUUUUUCGGUGAAUUUUUUUGAGAGACCGAAAAAGUUCAUCAAUGUCUUGGGCAAGUCCGGGAGAUAUCUACCUCUCUACUUCUCUUGCUAAUUUUUAACUCAACUUUAAUUACUUAAUUAAAAUUUUUUAAUUAA